UUGGAUUGACCGAAUGGCACCCGCAGUUGCGUUGGAAUGCACUAAGCAAAGCAUAUGAAGAAGAUUUCGAAGAUUUCACAGGACCGUUCUUCUAAAGCAAAGGGGAAACCACCGAGAUCGGCUCAAGGACAUGGUUCUGGCUCCAUCCCUGAUUGCCAGCAUGAUUCCAAGAAAAUGGUUGAAACUGAAGGUUCUGGCAGCGCAAUACGUGCUAAUUCCUCAGGCAAUUCCAGUUCUCCAAAGAGGAAGAAGUGUGUAGAUGUAAAUGUGGACAGAUGCAAUGGCUUCAAUGCCCCACUGGAGGUGAUUUCUUUGUCCAAGAAAUCUGGUUCCAAAAGAAAGACACCGACAAUGAGAUUAAGGUCAGAGCCAGAACAUAUUGAGAUGCUCCGAGAGAAACUGCCCUCGAAGAGUGUGACAACUGUUGGCAUUAGCACUUCAUCUUCGAUCCAUGGGAGUGAGAAGAUACGUGAGCAGAACAUUGGCCCCGAUAUGAAGGGUGGGUUAUCAGGAAAAUCCGUGCCUUCAAAAACAGCCCCCAUGAGUGACACAUACUUAGCGCUGAUGAAACAAUGUGAGACACUUCUCAAGAAAUUAUUGGCACACCAUUUUGCUUGGGUCUUUGACCACCCAGUGGAUGCAGUGAAGUUGAAUAUUCCAGACUAUCACACUAUCAUUAAGCGUCCAAUGGAUUUGGGUACCAUCAAGAGUAAAUUAACCUCGGGUGCUUACUCCAGUCCAUGCGGUUUUGCCUCAGAUGUGAGGCUUACUUUUAAGAAUGCAAUGACAUAUAACCCACCCAGUGAUGAUGUCCAUAUCAUGGCAGUUACACUGAGCAAGUUCUUUGAAUCUCGGUGGAAAUUUAUAGAAAAGAAGUUAGCUGCAGCAGAUGCACAUAUUGAAAAAGAAACCCAAUCAAAUAAGGCAGAGUUGUCCAAGAAAAGGAAAAUGCCUCCUCCUGACUACAAUAGUCCUGUGCCCGAGAGGAAAAAAUCCAAGAUGAUGGAUGAGGAGAACCAAAGUCUGAACAGAUGCCUGGAGUCUCUUCUGGCAGACCUGUCAGAUCACAUUAUCGAUUUUCUGAGCUGGCAGAGUGGCAAUAUGAACCAGAGCAUUGAGGAAAUAAAAACUCAUAUUGAUUCAUUUUGUGAUGACACACUCUUUAAGUUACGGACGCUUUUGGAUAACUAUAUAAAGGAAAGAGAGGUGCAGCAACCGGUGAAAACUGAACGUGUGAAUGACACUGGUGUCUGCACCUCACAGAUGCGUCCUUGCAAAGGCAAUGAUCUUGAUGAUGAGGAUGUAGAUAUCUGUGAUGGUGAUCUUCCCGUGCCUAGUUACCCGCCUUUGGAGCUACAAAAGGACUUAGGUGCUGCAACCACCGAGUACAGCAGUUCAAGCGGUUCCAGUAGUGAUUCAGACUCCGACAGUUCUAGUGGAAGUGAUUCAGAGGAUGAGGUUUCUAUUCCAAAAAGUGCUGCCGAGGAAAAUUCAGGAAAUAAGGCAUGUUCAGAUCAUGAGAAAAGUGACAUAAUAAAGCCAUUUGAUGUAAAUAGUGAGUUCUUGAUAUGCUUAACCUUCAAUUUGAGAGGAAAGAAAUCAAAUAUAUUGGUUCCUCGUUCUGCAUUGGAUGGGCUUUACUGGUGCUAUUGGCAAAAUGUAGGACCUUUGAGUGGGUUGACUCCGUCCGAGAUGGAUGUUGAUUCAAAGCCCUUGUCAGUUGAUUCUGAUGGGUGUCAAGAGGGGGAGCAUGCUUCAUCUGAGAGGAAAGUCUCCUCAGAAAAGCUAUAUAGAGCAGCCUGCCUGAUGAGCCGUUUUGCCGACACAAUUUUAAAAGCUCAGAAGUCUCUUGACCAGGCUGAUAGGGUGGAUCCUGAAAAACUGCAGCGUGAGAGGGAGGAAAUUGAGAGGCAGCGAAGGGAAGAGAGAGCAAGGCUUCAAGCAGAAGCUAAGGCUGCUGAAGGUGCUCGUAGACGAGCAGAAGCAGAAGCUGCAGUAGAAGCUAAGCACAGAAGAGAGCGUGAGAGGGAAGCGGCACAUCAGGCCUUGUUACAGAUGGAGAAGACAGUGGAGAUAGAUGAUUAUCAUCUGGUUCUUAAAGAUCUGGAAAUUCUUACAAGAACGCCCAUGUCCUUCGAUGAGAAGUGCCCAGGUCAUUCUCUGGAUGAUGUAGAAGAUUUCAGAUUUGGAGGGAGUAACCCGAUGGAGCAACUUGGGCUAUUCUUGAAAGUGUAUGAUGAAGAAGAUGAAGUGGAUGACAUUCGUCGGGAUCGGAAGUCAAGUUCUUCCUCCUAGGAGAAGGACAUGGUGCUGCACUAGCUGCAUGAAAGGUACCAGAUGACGAGCUGUCCUUUUAUGAAAUGUACAUAGAGAGGGUUGAAUGCAGUUUGCAUCUGUGCC